GAGAGUCAUGGUCAACACACUGAAAGAAGGGAGAAGCUAGCCAAGAAUCAUGGCCACUACCAAUCCCUUAAUCUCUGGUGGAGUUCUCUUUUCCUCUCUUCUGUGUCUCCUGUUCUGUUCUGAGAAUGCCUGUGCCUAUGAAGGAAGAGUAAGAGGAGAGACUAUGGAGACUCAUCACCAACAACAUAGUCAUGUGAUCAAGAUCAGUGAUCUCCUCCCUGCACCAGUUUGCUCCACCUCCACUUCCACUCCCAAAGGUAACAUAAAUGCUAAGACAUUGUUGAAAGUAGUUCACAAGCAUGGCCCAUGUUCCAAACAUGGCUCCAAGCAGAAGGCAAAAAAUCAUACUCCUACUCAGAUCCUCCUCCAAGACCAAUCCCGAGUCGAGAUGAUCAAAUCUCGACUCACCAAUGCUUCGAAAGGGGAUCAGGUACAAGGCUCGAAGGCUACGAUCCCAUUACAUUCAGGACAUUCAUUGGGUACCGGAAACUACAUUGUGACCGUGGGGAUUGGUUCUCCCCAAAAAGAUUUCUCGCUCGUAUUCGACACCGGUAGCGACCUAACUUGGAUUCAAUGUCAACCUUGUGUGGGUUCUUGCUAUACACAACAAGAACCAAUAUUCAAUCCUAGUAAGUCAUCUUCUUAUUCCAAUAUCACUUGCAAAGCCAAGGAGUGUUCUUCACUCAAAUCUGCCCCCUUCAUUGCCACCGGCUGCACUUCUUCCACUACUUGCUUAUAUGCUAUUCAAUAUCGUGAUCAAUCAUACUCUGUUGGGUACUUUGCAAGUGAAACCUUAACAAUCAAAUCCUCUGAUGUGUUCCACAAAUUCAUGUUUGGAUGUGGAGAAAACAAUGAUGGGCUGUUUGGUAGAACGGCUGGGCUGCUUGGACUGGGCCGGUACAAUAUAUCCAUGAUAUCCCAAACAUACAAAAAAUAUGGUGGGCUUUUCUCCUAUUGUAUUCCAUCCACAUCUAGCUCAACUGGGUACCUAGCCUUCGGACAUAAAGGAAAUACCAUCUCCUCUGAAGUCAAAUUCACACCCUUGUUAGUGAACUCUAAGUAUCCCUCAUUCUACUUCCUAGACCUAAUAGGAAUAAGUGUUGGGAGAGAUAAGUUGCCCAUCAAUGAAUCAGUAUUUGCAACUUCAGGAACUCUUAUAGAUUCCGGCACCGUCAUUACCCGUUUGCAACCGUCAGCUUAUUCCGCCCUCCGAUCAUCCUUUAGGCAAUCGAUGUCGAGCUACCCUAUGGCCGAUGCUCUUUCAAUACUCGAUACGUGUUACAAUUUUACGGGUUACGACACGAUAACCAUACCAAAGAUAGCCUUGAAUUUUCGUGGUGGCAUUGCGGUGGACAUCGACGGGACCGGAAUCAUGUAUGUUCGAACUAUAGACCAAGUCUGCUUGGCUUUUGCAGGAAAUAGUGAUGCAGGGAACAUAGCCAUACUUGGAAAUAGCCAACAAAAAAGGCUGGACUUGAUCUAUGAUAUUGCCAAAAAUAGGCUUGGAUUCGGCCCUGGAGGUUGUAACUGAACUUACAGCUACAAAUGGGACAAAUUGAAAAAUUCAAUCAAUCCAAACUAGUGAAGGGACUUUACAAUAAAGCAUGUAGAUAUACAUGUAAGCUUCUAUUGUUUUGUGUAUUUUAAUCAAUCCAAACUAUUAGAGAAACUUUAUCAU